CGCGCGUGUCGCCUGGCGUCUCACGGCGCUUCCGGCCGGUGGGGCCUAGCAGCGGCGCCCCGUUGUCCGCGCAGCCAUGGAGAUGCCGCUGCCGCCCGACGACCAGGAGUUGCGGAAUGUCAUCGACAAGCUGGCGCAGUUCGUGGCGCGGAACGGGCCCGAGUUCGAGAAGAUGACGAUGGAGAAGCAGAAGGAGAACCCCAAAUUCUCCUUCCUCUUUGGAGGCGACUUCUACGGCUAUUACAAGUACAAGCUGGCCUUGGAGCAGCAGCAGCUGUUGUGCAAGCAAAGUCAAGAUAUUGAGGCUACUGCACAGAUCCAGCCACUGCCACAACCAUCUCUCCCACCAGCUGCACCUAUCCCAGCUCCUCAGGGUACUCCUUCCGUAGAAGAACUUAUCCAGCAGAGUCAGUGGAACCUGCAGCAGCAGGAGCAGCAUCUCCUUGCAAUGAGACAGGAACAAGUCACAUCAGCAGUAGCCCUUGCCAUUGAGCAACAAAUGCAGAAAGUUUUGGAGGAAACCCAGUUAGAUAUGAAUGAAUUUGACAACUUGUUGCAGCCAAUAAUUGACACGUGCACGAAAGAUGCAAUUUCAGCUGGCAAGAACUGGAUGUUUAGUAAUGCCAAAUCUCCUGCACACUGUGAGCUGAUGGCUGGGCACCUGCGAAAUCGCAUAACGGCAGAAGGAGCCCACUUUGAGCUUCGCUUACAUCUCAUCUACCUAAUCAAUGAUGUAUUGCAUCACUGCCAGCGGAAGCAAGCGCGAGAUCUUUUGGCUGCUUUGCAGAAGGUGGUUGUGCCUAUUUACUGUACCAGUUUUCUAGCAGUGGAGGAGGAUAAGCAACAGAAAAUUGCCAGACUUCUUCAACUAUGGGAGAAAAAUGGGUACUUUGAUGAGUCAAUUAUACAGCAGCUACAGAGCCCGGCUCUUGGACUUGGCCAGUAUCAGGCAAAUUUGAUCACUGAGUACGCAACAGUAGUACAGCCUGUACAAGUAGCCUUCCAACAGCAGAUCCAGAACCUGAAAACUCAACACGAAGAGUUUGUAAACAGUUUAACACAGCAGCAACAGCAGCAAAUACAAAUUCCACCUCUAGAGAAUGAGGUGAAAUCAACACCCCCACCUCAAGCCCCCACAGCAGCACCAGCCUCUGCUCCACCAUCUGCUCCGGUUACACAAGCAGAUGAUGGUAAAUCCCAACUGCCUCUAGCUGGUUCUACAGACUAUGACACAACAGGGUCUGGAGUGCAGGAUUCUGCCUCUGGACCACGUGGCCCUGGAUCUCAUGAUCAGAUUCCUCCAAAUAAACCACCCUGGUUUGACCAGCCUCACCCUGUUGCACCAUGGGGCCAACAACAGGGACCACCUCACUGUCCUCCAUGGAAUAACAACCAUGAAGGAAUGUGGAAUGAACAGAGAGAUCAAGGCUGGAACAAUCAGCGAGAGACACCUUGGAACAACCAGCCCGAUCCUUCGUGGAACAACCAGUUUGAAGCACCAUGGAACAACCAGCAUGAGCAGCCUCCAUGGGGUGGGGGUCAAAGGGAACCUCCAUUUCGAAUGCAGCGGCCACCUCACUUCAGAGGCCCAUUUCCUCCACAUCAGCAACAUCCCCAAUUCAACCAGCCCCCGCAUCCGCAUAAUUUCAACCGCUUUCCACCUCGCUUCAUGCAGGAUGAUUUUCCACCUCGCCAUCCCUUUGAAAGGCCUCCUUAUCCUCAUCGUUUUGAUUACCCCCAGGGGGAUUUUCCUCAAGAAAUUGGACCUCCUCAUCAUCACCCUGGUCACAGAUUGCCUCAUCCUGGAAUCAGUGAGCACCCUCCUUGGGGAGGGCCGCAGCACCCCGAUUUUGGGCCUCCCCCGCACGGGUUUAACGGGCAGCCUCCGCACAUGCGGCGACAGGGCCCCCCUCACAUGAACCACGACGAUCCCAGCCUGGUGCCAAACGUUCCCUACUUCGACCUUCCUGCUGGACUGAUGGCUCCACUGGUGAAACUUGAAGAUCAUGAGUAUAAACCUUUAGACCCUAAAGAUAUUCGUCUUCCACCCCCAAUGCCCCCCAGUGAGAGACUACUGGCUGCAGUUGAGGCAUUUUACAGUCCACCAUCUCAUGACAGGCCUAGAAACAGUGAAGGCUGGGAGCAGAACGGACUGUACGAGUUCUUCAGAGCUAAAAUGAGAGCAAGGCGGAGGAAAGGUCAGGAGAAGAGAAAUAGUGGGCCUUCUCGGUCUCGCAGCCGGUCCAAAAGCCGAGGGCGCUCGUCCUCCCGCUCCAACUCACGGUCAUCGAAGUCAUCUGGCUCCUAUUCGAGGUCGCGCUCUCGGUCUUGCUCUCGGUCACGAUCCUAUUCACGCUCUCAGUCCAGAAGCCGGAGCAGGUCCCGCUCUUCUCACAGCCGCUCCCGAUCGCGCUCCCGAUCAAGGUCAAAAUCGUACUCGCCAGGAAGGCGGCGCCGAUCCCGGUCUCGCAGCCCCACUCCUCCCUCCUCUGCUGGCUUGGGCUCCAGUUCUGGGCCUGCUAUCCCUGAAUCAAGGCUGGGAGAAGAAAAUAAAGGCCAUCAAAUGCUAGUGAAAAUGGGGUGGAGUGGAUCUGGUGGAUUGGGAGCCAAGGAACAAGGAAUUCAGGAUCCAAUUAAAGGAGGGGAUAUCCGAGACAAAUGGGAUCAAUAUAAAGGAGUGGGAGUUGCAUUAGAUGACCCCUAUGAAAACUACCGAAGAAAUAAAAGUUACUCAUUUAUCGCACGCAUGAAGGCCAGAGAUGAAUGUUAAUUCUAUUUGAAGUGGAGGGGUGCUGCCUUGGGAUCAAGUCAGACUGAUGCUGAGCAGUGUAUCCUAAUGUCUAGAAGGGGAAUGACGCAUCUAGUUCCAGUACAGGUGACCUAUGAGCACUGUGCGAGCUUGUUAGAACCUACCAUACAACUUACGCCCCUACACACCAGCUGCUGCAGUCCCACCUCUGGUCAGAACACAAGGGUUCACUGCUCUAGCUUUUCACGCGCUCUAAGGGAUGUUCAACGCUUUGUAAUGGAAGACAUUCUUUAAGCUUUUUAUAUUUUUGUAUAUACCCUUUAAUAAAAGCUACUUAGACUUCAGUAGAAGAGAAUAAUUUUCUCUGCUCUGCAGGUUUCUAACAAUGAAAUGUUCUCGGAAACUUCCUUUACACUAAAUGAGAAACAACCCUUUUGUAAGUGUUUCCAGAGACCACCAGCUAAAGAUGUUAGACCCUGACACUGCAUUCCACUCGAGGUCUGUGUGGUGGUAACCUCUACCAGAGUCAUUUGUUUGUAUAGCAGAAGCCCUCUUAAACCCAUCCAGUUACUAUGGUGAAUUAUCAGUUUGUUCUAGAUCUGCUGUAGCUGUGGAACUGUAACUGUCUGUGAAUCAGCAUACAACAUCUGUAUGUUACCAUCUUGUGAAUUUUAUUGUUUUGCCUUCCAAUAAACAUUUUUCUAGAAAUAAAUUGGUGGCUCGUACUUGGAAACAAAUGGAUUCCCCGAUGGUGUUUAUGUGCCUUCUUGCAGCGAAUUCAUCUUAACUUUCCUGUGCUUGGUGUUCUAGUAAACUAACCAGGUUAAUUAUACACAAAACUGUUUAAAUACAGCCUGCCCUGGUCUUCUAUUGACUGUGAUCACGUUCCUUGGCUGCAGUAGUACAGAGACUUUCACUUCGACCACGAUCACAGAUGUGAUCACAGAUCGCACGAUCUAAGUGAUAAACAUGCACACACCACGCUCCCUCUAGUAGGAAGUGGUUUCUUGGUUUCUGUAUUGUUGAAGACUGGCAUAGUCUGGCUGAAAGUUUCUGCCUGGCCCUCUAUCACACACAUUGGUUACAAAAUUCAGAUACAGAAAAUAAAUUAUGUAUAUUAAGAUACAUAGCACCUACAAAAAUUGUGUACUGGAAGGAUCUGUAGUAACUACCUGUGCAGUUUGGAUGGGUUUCUUCUUUUAGCUUGAGAU